AUGGCCUCCCGUGUCCUUGUCUCAGGUCUCCCCCCUUCCCUCCCUCCCCUUCCUCUGGGGCCUGCCCCUACCUGCGUUCCCUGCGUCGAGGGCCGGCAGCACGCCGCUCCUCACUCCUCCGAGUUUCCUCCGACAGAGGCUACCCUGCAGACUCUUCACAUGGACGUGUGGGGCCCAGCCCGCGUCCGUGGACAGGAUCACGAGCGUUACUUCCUGCUGGUUGUUGACGACCACUCGCGUUACACCACGGUCUUCCCCUUGCGCCGCAAGGGUGAGGUCACUGAGGUGUUGAUCGACUGGAUCCGCGCUGCUCGUCUCCAGGUCAGAGAGAGUUUCGGCUCGGACUUUUCUGUUGUGCGUCUGCACUCAGACAGAGGUGGAGAGUUUUCCUCCGACCUUCUGCGAGCUUUCUGUCGGGCGGAGGGCAUCCGCCAGACGUUCACGCUUCCGGCCUCCCCACAGCAAAAUGGGAUUGUUGAGCGCCGCAUUGGCAUGGUCAUGGAUGUCGCUCGUACGUCCAUGAUCCAUGCGGCUGCUCCCCAUUUUCUGUGGCCGUUCGCGGUUCAGUACGCGGCGCAUCAGAUCAACCUCCAGCCCCGGGUCUCCAUACCGGAGACCACCCCCACUCUGCGGUGGACGGGGAAGGUUGGCGAUGCGUUUGCGUUCCGUGUCUGGGGAUCUCGAGCUUUCGUCCGCGACUUGUCUGCGGACAAGCUGUCCUCCCGUGCCGUUCCCUGCGUCUUCCUUGGCUUCCCCCCUGACGCGCCUGGUACUCCUCCGGUAGACCCCCUCCCCCCUCAGGGUCUUGCCCCCUCAGGUGUGUCUCAGGUAGACGCAGUCGAGCCUGUUGAGGUAGCUGUUGACUCUAGUGCUUCUAUGGGUGCUGAGCCUGCGGGUGCCGGGUCUGGGGGUGCUGAGCCUGGGGGUGCUGAGCCUGGGGGUGCUGAGCCUGGGGUUGCUGAGUCUGGGGGUGCUGCGCCUGGGGGUGCUGAGACUGGAGGUCCUCCGAGUGUCCCGUCGCGAACGGAGCCCCUCUCUCCAUGGCAGCUUCGUGAGUGGUACGCUCGGCGCUGUAGCCGUGGUGCUGGAGCUGGGGGGCCUGCUGCUGGAGGUGCUGCUGGUGCUGGAGCUGCUGGAGGUGCUGCUGGUGCUGGAGCUGCUGGAGGUGCUGCUGGUGCUGGUGCUGUUGGAGGUUCUGCUUGUGCUGGAGCUACUGGUGGUGCUACUGGAGGUGCUGCUGGUGCUAGAGCUGCUGGAGGUGCUGCUGGUGCUGGAGCUGCUGGAGGUGCUGCUGGUGCUGGAGCUGCUGGAGGUGAUGCUGGUGCUGGAGCUGCUGGAGGUGCUGCUGGUGCUGGCGCAACUGGAGCUGCUGCUGGUGCUGGAGCUGCUGGAGGUGCUGCUGGUGCUGGCGCUGCUGGAGCUGCUACUGGUGCAGGAGCUGCUAGAGCUGCUGGUGGUGCUGCGGGAGUUGUGGCUGGUGACCCUGGAGCUGAGGGUGCUGGUGCUGUCUCUGCUGGUUCAGGAGCCGCUGCACGGCCGCGGCCGUACUACGUUCCGCUCCUUCAGCAGGUUCUUGGCCUCCCGCCCUCUGCUGGUCCUACCGCUCCCCUACUGAGUCCACCGCCUGUCCAGUUGCAGUCACGGUUACAGCCAGCCUCUCCACUGCCUGGUCCUUCUCCUUACGCCGGACCGACUAGGGGUCUUACGGAGCGUCGUGAGCCUGAGUCUCGUCCUGCGUCGCCUGAGUCUCGUCCAGAGUCGCCUGUCCGCGCUGUCCGCACUGGUCGUCGUGUUCCGCGUGAGCGUCCUCCUCCUGUCCCUGGCACUCACUAUAUGACUCUGCGUCCUUCCACUGCUCCACAGCGUGUCCCUCUGCCGUCUCCUCCUGUGUCCUCUCUUCCUGACGGUCCAGACCCGGAGUCUGACUCCCUUCGUGCUGCUAGUCCUACUGUCACGCGUUUCCUCGCCACUGUUGUCACUGACCCUUCCUUUGAGUCCACUUCUACGUCUGCUCUAGUUGCUGAGCUUGUUAACUUUGCUACCGCCUGUCGUCUAGACUACGCCGCUAGCCUUGUUGCUGAGUCUGAGUCUGUCUGUCCUCCGUCCGUCGGGGGUGAGUGUGCUCUUAGCACGGACGUCCUUGAGGACAGACACGAGGAGUUUGAGUGCUUUGCCGCUGCUUUUCCUCAUCUCGUGUCCAUGCUGAUUGCCCCUGAGGGAGACCCGGAUGCACCAGACAUCCCGACCCCGCGCUCUUACGUAGAGGCGAUAGAGGGUCCCUACUCCUCUCAGUGGCAGUCAGCCAUGGACGCAAAGAUGGCUUCCUGGAAGUCCACAGGCACCUACGUCGACGAGGUUCCCCCGCCUGGGGCGAACAUCGUCAGUGGCAUGUGGAUUUUCAGGGUGAAGCGGCCACCGGGUUCUGCGCCUGUCUUCAAGGCGCGUUACGUUGCACGAGGCUUCAGUCAGAGUGAGGGAGUUGACUUCUUCCAGACCUUCUCCCCUACCCCGAAGAUGACCACUCUUUGGGUUCUGCUGCACGUCGCCGCUCAGCGUGACUACGAGCUCCACUCUCUUGACUUCAGCACUGCUUUCCUACAGGGCAGCCUGCACGAGGAGAUCUGGCUGCGCCGCCCACCUGGCUUCACUGGGUCGUUUCCUCCUGGUACCCAGUGGAGCCUCCAGCGGCCAGUCUACGGUCUCCGCCAGGCACCCCGUGAGUGGCACGACACACUGAGGACGACUCUUGCUGCUCUUGGGUUUGCUCCUUCUACCGCUGACCCGUCGCUGUUUCUACUUACCGACACCUCUCUGCCGCCGUUCUACGUUCUCGUGUACGUAGACGACUUGGUCUUUGCCACUGCUGACACUGAGGCACUCGCCCACGUGAAGUCGGAACUGCAGAAGAGACACACGUGCACAGACCUGGGUGAGCUGACAAGCUAUCUUGGCUUGCGGAUCACCCGGGACAGAGCACAGCGCACCAUUACCUUGACUCACUCACACAUGGUGCAGCAGGUCCUUCAGUGCUUCCGCUUCACGUACUCCUCGCCUCAGGCCACUCCUCUGUCUACUCGCCACUCGCUCUCAGCUCUGCCUUCGGAUGAGUCCGUAGAGCCGAGUGGCCCGUAUCCAGAGCUUGUGGGCUGCCUCAUGUACCUGAUGACCUGCACUCGACCUGACCUUGCAUACCCUCUUAGCAUCCUAGCACGCUAUGUCGCUCCUGGCCGACACAGGAAGGAGCACAUGGAUGCUGCUAAGAGGGUGUUGCGCUACUUGUGCAGUACGUCGGGCAUGGGGCUCGUGCUUGGAGGGCGAGGUCCAGUGGUCCUCACUGGUCACGCAGACGCUUCUUGGGCUGACGACUUGGCUACGCAGCGGUCGUCUCAGGGUUACACCUUCAGCCUUGGUUCCGGCUCUGUUUCGUGGCGGUCUACCCGCUCGUCUUCUGUUCUCAGCUCCAGCUGUGAGGCUGAGAUCUACGCAGGGGCCAUGGCUGCACAGGAUUUACGCUGGCUCACCUACCUGCUGACCGACCUGGAAGAGUCGCCUCGUUCUCCUCCAGUUCUGUACGUAGACAACAAGGCCAUGCUGGCCUUGUGUCAGGAGCACAGACUGGAGCACAGAACGAAGCACAUUGCUCUUCGCUACUUCCUUGCACGUGAGCUGCAGCAGCGUGGUCAGCUGCGCCUUGCUUACGUGGCCUCACCGGCCAACACUGCUGAUAUCUUUACCAAGGCACUUCAGCCUUGUGAUCAUCAGCGCUUCUGUACUAUGUUAGGUCUUGUGCCUACCUGGCCUCACUUGCUUACCUCUUGA